AUGGAGCUGCUCACUCGAAGUCUGCGUCGGGACAUACUGUGCCUCACUCGCCGCAGCGUCCCGACGUUUGCUGUGCACGUUCGCGAGCUGCGCAACUACCCGAUCAAAGUGCUCUGUCGGAACCACAAGUUUGUCCGCAAAGCUGCGGGAAGUUACUUUGAAGUGGAGCGCGAGUGGAAUUUAGGACUUGUGCUCCAGCCGUCCGAGGUCAAAUCUCUUCGGGACCACAAUGCAGACCUGUCGACGGCUUUUGCCGCGUUUUACCAGCACGAACUCUUUUUGCACGACAUGAACAUUCCAGUGUGGCGACAUGGACUCAUUGGGCGACCAGAGCCGACGCGAGUGCGCAAACUGCUGGCGAACCGAGCGGAGCUGAAGAAACUCGAACACUUUGCCAAUCGUCCAAAUGCACAACUGAUUCCAAUGCGUGUCGAAGUCGGCAUCACCGGGUGGAUCAAGGUCAUUCUGGCUGCGUGUUUCAAGCAAGGUCAAGUCGAUCACCGCAGGCGCGACGACAAACGAGAGAUCAACCGUCAGCUCCGCGACUGGUAA